GUGACGCUCUAAAGCUGAUUCGAUUUCAGAGCCUCUGAGAAUUCGCCGAAAUUCAAAUUAGGGUUUUCCUCUAAAACCAUGUCGGCUCGAUAUCUGAAGAAAGUUCUCAAAGAAGAAGAACAACAAGACCGCCAACCGGAAUCAGACCACGAAGAAGAAGAAGAAGACGACCACCCCCAGCUCAAUGGCAAAGCUAAGGUCAACCCUUUCGACCUUCUCAACGACGACGCCGACGCCGACGACCAGGAGGAUGAGCCGGAAAGUGUUGAUGAACCUUUGAGUGUGGUGCCUGAGCCGAAGCCAGGUGCUGAUGCGGUUUCGACUUCAAGUCAAAAAACCAAGAAGAAGAAGAAGAAGAAAGGCAAAGAGGGCUCUUCUUCUAACUCAGCUGCACCGAAAGUGAAAAAGUCUGGGGAUGAGGUAGUGGAAGAGUUUUAUGCGCAUGCGCAUGAGAGACAGGCGGAGAUGAGAGCUAGUGAUGGUGUGGUUAAGAAUUCGUAUAAGAAGUGUGUGCCCUUUAUAUUGCAAGUGGAUCCCAAGUACUUGAAUGCCGACAAUGAGAUGCGGAGGAUUUUUGGGUCAAAAGUGGUGAAGUCGUUUGAGAAGAAUCAACAGAGUGGUAGCUCUAGAAUGGCGCGUGGUGGAAGACGUGGCGUGGUUCAUAGGAAGUCUUUCCUUGUCACUCCGUUGGAUCAUUGGCCUCGCUGGGACGGCGCCAUGAACAUGGUACUCCUUCACUCUCCCAACGGAUACUACGAUUACAGAUAUACAUAUUCGUCAGCCUACCGUCACGCUCAGAGUGCAUUUGAAUCUGCCAAAGCUAUACAUGAUCUCAAUGCCAUUGCAAAUGUUUUGUUGCACUAUCCUUAUCAUUUAGAUUCGCUACUAACCAUGGCAGAGUACUUUAAGUUUGUGGGUGAGCAUCAAAUGUCAGCAGAUGCUAUCUCUAAGUGCUUGUAUGCUUUGGAAUGUGCAUGGAAUCCAAUGUUCACCCCCUUUAAGGGUGAUUGCCAAGUGAAAUACAGUUAUGAUGAAAACAAGCCUCUGUUCGUUGCACUGUUUACUCACAUGAAAAGUAUGGACAGACGUGGCUGUCAUCGAUCUGCUUUAGAAGUUUGCAAGUUUUUACUGUCACUAGAUACUGACGAUCCAAUGGGGGCCAUGUUCUGUAUUGACUAUUUUGCGGUGAGAGCAGAGGAGUAUGCAUGGCUAGAACGGUUCUCUGAAGAAUAUAAAAGUGAUAACACCCUAUGGUUGUUUCCAAAUUUUUCGUAUUCUCUUGCCGUAUGCCGAUUGUAUCUUGAGAAAGCGGAAUCUUCAAAAGAUUCAGCUGCGGAAACCACCAAGGCUACUUCAACCGAUCUUAUGAAGCAGGCAUUGAUGCUUCAUCCCACGGUUCUAAAGAAACUAGUGGCAAAGGUACCUUUGAAAGAACGGGUGUGGACGGAUAUACUCAAGAAUGCAUUUUUCCAAGCAGAUGAAGUAGGAAUCCCAUCCUUGGACCACCUGAUUAACAUAUAUGUUGAGAGUAAUCAUAUUAUAUGGAGGCUUCCAGAAUUGCAGAAAUUGCUGCGGGAUGCAGUGCAACUGGUAAUUGAGACUCUAAGACAGAAUAGCAGCGAAAAGAAUGACUGGGCAUGUGUGAGAAAAGAAGCAUUCUCAUCUGAUAAGAAUGAGUACUCCCACUUGUUGGUAUCAGAUUUCUCGUAUACAUUGCCAGCUGCCCCACCUGAAAACUUGCAACAUUUUAUGGCCAACGCAAGGAUGGGAGACGUUAUGCAUAACGAGCAGGAUCUUGUCAAUCUAAAUGAGGGUGGCCCUGCUCCCCGUGAUGUUGCAAAUCGAAAUCCAUUAGCGGUCUUGUUUGAGUCGGUGCUACCGUGGGUUCAUUAUGGUGUAGAAAUUGAGGAGGAAAACCAACAAAAUGGCCAUGGUCCGGGGAAUGAAGAUUAAAAAUAUGCUACAGAAAAAUUUUAGACAAAGCUCUCCAUUGUUGGAUGAGUCGGUAGUGUUUCUGCUACAGGCAACUUUUGCAAUUCUCUCAUCUGUGUGGCAGUAUUACCUAUCAUACUUUAGCUGCUAACAGGACCGUUUGAUCGAAUCUAGUAUGGAUCUUGCUCUUUUCUUUUCAGAAUACCAUUUGUGUUAUUACCUCUUAACCUUUUACAUUUGAAUUUACUUCAUUGGUAGUAAAUCAUUAUAUGCUUCCGACAACUCUUAUCUUAGAGCGAUAUCGGAAGUACCAGGACCAAGCCAUCAUUAGCUCAUCAGUCGUGCAUGGACAGCUUGAAAUGUACAGAAAAAACAUUAUUGGAUUUU